CAUUAAAACUCAAACUACUUUCCUAUCUGCUUUAAACUCCUCUAUCUCUCUCUCUAUACUCUUACAGUCCAUCAAGUGACUAUGAAUAACCACUGAGAUUCCUACAGGGAAAGAAAGAAAAAUAGAAAGAAGAGAAGAUGGGGAUGGGAACAAGCACUUUCUUGAUUAGAUGGAUCAACUUUCUCACCAUGCUGUUAGCAGUAGCUAUUGUUUGUUUUGGGGUGUGGAUGAGCACUCACCAUGACGGUUGUCGAAGGUCUCUUACUCUUCCUGUUCUAGGCCUUGGUGGUUUCAUUCUUCUCAUAUCCUUAAUUGGGUAUUUGGGUGCAUAUAAAGACAUCUCCAUAUUACUAUGGAUAUAUCUUGCAGUUUUGGGGUUAAUAUUGGUGGGACUUCUUGUCUUCACAGUGCUGGCGUUUAUUGUAACAAACAACGGAUCUGGACAUACUGUGGCUGGAUUAAGGUACAAGGAGUAUCAGCUUCAAGAUUACAGUAGUUGGUUCAUAAAACAUUUAAAUAACACUCAGAAUUGGAAACACUUGAAAAGUUGUCUCGUGCACUCUAAAGAUUGCAAUGACCUGCCUAAGAAGUAUAAGAAUCUUAAACAGUUAAAAAUGGCAAAAUUGACCCCCAUAGAAGCUGGUUGUUGUCGUCCGCCAGCCGAGUGUGGGUAUCCUGCAAAAAAUGCUUCGUUCUAUGACCUCAGUUUCCGUCCGAUCAGCACUGCCAUUGACUGCAAACUUUACAAAAAUACCCGAGCAGUCAAGUGCUACAACUGUGAUUCUUGCAAAGCUGGAGUUGCUCAAUAUAUGAAAUCUGAAUGGAGAGUAGUUGCAAUUUUUAAUGUGAUCCUGUUUGUAGUUUUGUUUGUUCGGUGUUAGUCAAUAAUUUACCUUGUGGGAUGCUGCGCGAGAAGAAAUGCUGCUGAGAGGAGUUCAUCCAAAGUUUAAGAAGUCCUUACUUAGGGCAAAACAUUGGGGCUUGGUGAUAUUUGGUGCACCAAGUGACAACAAAACUGGAAAAUGAAAUUCCCGAAGAAAUCACUGGAGCUUUGGUUCUGAAAUUUUUUGUAAUAGAAGAAACUGUAGUUAAACAACUUAUUAGGAACUUGAUUAUUGUAACUUCUGCAGUGAACUAUAAACAUAAAUGUUAUCUACUGACACUGGAGUAAUUUUUUACUAUAACAGUGUUCAAAAUGUAUAAAAACCAUUCUUUCUUGCUAUAGCUUAUCUAAGGACAAUAUCU